CUUUCCCUAGCAGCCCCAAGAUCCAGCCCUCCGCCGGAAACGUGAGACUGCAAUCGUCCACCUAUUCGUAUUCAUCCAUAUCUUUCGUAAUUGAGCUUCGUUACAUGUUUCUUCGUCGAUGAAGUUCUGCUAUCUUCAAGCUCCCUGGGAGCCGCUCUUCAUAUGUCUAAACCAUGUUAACCUCCAAACGGCUCUUCCCAGCUGAUGAAGAGCUUGGGAAGAAAGAUGACGACCACAGGCCUCAUGCCCGUGCCGACCAGCGAUGGCAGCCAGAGUCGUGGAAGCUUCCUCGACGCCGACGUUUGCUUCUGAUCCCCGUGAUACUAUACCUUUUCUUUAUGUUCUUUAAGAACAUGCCAACAGACAUUGGCCCCGCCUGGGAUCGGCCGAAGUCUAGAUUCGCACCAUCACAGCAUAUCGUGCCUGAUACACCUCUUCCUCCGACGAUGCCUGAGUCUGAGUCUCCCCCACAGGGACGGCAAGAUACCGGAGAUAAUAAUAGUUUAUAUUAUGAGGGGAAAUUGCACUUCUACAACCUAGGGAAAAGUCUGAAACCUUUCCGGAGUCAUGUUGCAAACAGCCCGUUCAACGCAACGGUAUUCGCAGCUGGGAGCUUGGGAAGCGUGUCCGAUCUUUUGCCUCUUGCAUGUCGCAUGGCGAAUGAGAAGCUGGAUACAAUACAUUUUGUAUUAAUGGGAAGAGACGAUGUCUCUAUUGAGGGAAUACAGCGAGUCAACGGCUUGGAUGAUGUGAGUUGUCCAAUGAAUUGGCAUGAUGCUCGUCCCGAUUAUGCUCAGUGGUCAACGGAUGGUCGCAUGGAGCAAGCUAUAACUACUGCACUACCCUACAUUAAGGCAUAUCUUCGACCACAAGUUCUGAUCACACAGGGAGAGCUCUUGGAAGACCUGUUUUUCACACAAGGCAUACGAGAAUCUCAAAAUAUUGGAAUACCACAUAUUGCCUUGCCUCGUAGGGCAAGAGAGCUCAUGUGGAUGGCUACUCUUGACAGCCAUGCUCUUCGAAAUUGGAAUGAUAUACAUGUCGAGUUCCUCAUUUAUGCGGCUCCUGACUCCGCAGGGCCCAUCGUACGAUUAAUAAAAUCUUUGGAACAUGCCGAUUUUCUUGGUUUCAGCCCCAGUUUAACAAUUGAGCUACCUUCUCGCGUUGAUUCUGAGCUUCUUCAAUUUCUGAAGGGCAUGCAAUGGCUUCCUAACACGUCUGGCAAAAUUACACUUCGCCGACGAAUCCAAUCACAUCGGAUAAGUCCCGGUGAAGCCUCUCUACGCGCGGUUGAGGCUUUCUAUCCAAAAGACCUCACUCUCUCGCAUGUUCUUGUACUCUCGCCACAUAUGGAACUAGCACCAUCAUUCUAUCAUUACUUGGUGUUUAACAUGCUAAAGUACAGAUACUCGAUCCGUUCAAGCAUGCUACCUUCCAGGUUAAUGGGAAUCUCGCUAGAACUUCCAUCAUUACCACUCUCCAAUAUCGAACAUUUCAAACAACUCCAAAUUGGCCUUACACGAUUUUCGGAUAACAACACUCCAGACGCACUGCCCUUGUUUCUAUGGCAGGCGCCUAAUAGUAACGCCGCGCUAUAUUUUGGUGACAAGUGGGCUGAAUUGCAUUCUUUUCUCAGCCAGCGGCUUGUGAGUAGAGAAGUAGAUUCUGGCAACCCUCUGGAAGAAAAGAUUAUCUCAAAAAGGUAUCCUGCCUUUCUGGAACCCCUACUCGAACUCCUUCGUGCGAAGGGAUACUAUCUACUCUAUCCGGCCUUUUCUGAUAAAGGCCGGUUUUCACUUGCAACUUUCCACAACGAGCUGUUCCGGCAACCAGAUGAAUUCUCCCCGGACAAUCCCGAUAUUCCUAUUUCUGAAGCUCUUGGGGAGUCCUCGGCUCCUGAGAAACCGCUAAGCAAAGCUUCUACUCUGAUGACUCAUCUCGAAGCGUUCUCACUGGACCUACCCGAUAUCACUCACCUACCCAUAUUGUCAUAUCGAGGGGAAGAAAUGUCAGAGUCUCUUUUUUAUCAAGAAACAGAAGAAUAUCGGGGAAAGUUCAAACCAUCGAACAUGGCGAAGGAAGGCGAGAAGUCAGCUCCGGCCGACAAAGGCAAGGGCAAGGUCGAUGAUGUGAAGGACAUUCCUGGAGCAAAGAAAGACAAGCCUGAAGAUAAGACGCAAGCCAACGGAAAACAGAAGGAUGACAACCCCGAGGAUGAGGAACUAAGUGAGGAGGAUCAACAGCUAAAGAGCGAACUCGAGAUGCUCGUGGAGCGGUUAAAGGAACCCGAUACCUCCCUUUACGCACCUGCUUUGGAUGCCAUCAAGAAUUUUAUCAAGACCUCAACCUCAUCUAUGACGGCGGUUCCGAAGCCUCUGAAGUUCCUGCGACCACACUACGAUGACUUGGCAGCCCUCUACGACAAGUGGUCGGCCGGUGCGACAAAGGACUCUCUGGCGGAUAUGCUGUCUGUUCUUGGGAUGACGUACGGUGACGAAGAGAAACUCGAAACGCUCAAAUAUCGGCUCCUUGCCAAAUCCGAAGAUCUCGGCUCGUGGGGUCACGAAUACGUCAGACAUCUUGCAUUAGAAAUCGGACAGGAGUACCAAAACAGGUUGAAUGCUGAGAAGGAUGUGCAGGAUUUGAUCGAUCUCGCCCUCUCCCUUGUCCCGUACUUCCUAGGCCAUAAUGCGGAAGCCGACGCGGUUGACCUGUUGAGUGAGCUUGAAAUUAUUGAGGAAAUUCCUCGAUUUGUUGAUGAGAACACUUACUCAAGAGUUUCUUUGUAUAUGGUCAGCAUGGUAAACCUCCUCACGUACCCUGAGGAUCAACAAUUCCUUCGCACGGCGCACGAGAUCUAUGUUCGCUACAAGGAACUCACAAAGGCCAUCGUGCUUGCUAUCCGCCUCAAUGAUGUCGAUCUCAUCAAGAGCGAUUUGAACGCGACGUCGGACCAGUCGCUUAAAAAGCAAAUGGCUUUCCUCAUUUCCAGGCAACAAAUUUGGCUCGACCAGCUGGGCGAUGACGAGGAAGACCAAACUUUUAUGGAUUGCUUGAACAACACGUCAAUUCCAAAACACUUCAAGUCGCUCGGGAAAGAACUUAACAUCCUCGACCCGAUAAUGCCAGAGGACAUCUACAAGACACAUUUGGAAAGCAGUCGAGGAGCAGGCCUCACCAAUGUUGACUCCGCCAGGCACAACCUCGCAAGCGCUUUCGUUAACGGAUUCGCGAACGCUGGAUUUGGCAAUGAUGAGAUGAUGCUUGUUGAAGGUGAUAAGGGUCCUUGGGUUUGGAAGACAAAGGACGAUGGCAUGUUGUCCACCACCGCCUCGAUGGGUAUGCUCCUCCAUCGCGAUGUUGAAAUUGGUUUGGAUAAGAUCGAUAAGUACACCUACGCCACCGAGGACCAAAUCAAAGCCGGUGCUCUACUGUCUAUUGGUAUCCUUAACUCGGGUGUGCGCAUUGAUUCAGACCCUGCAUUGGCACUUCUGAGCGACACCGACAAUUUGGAAGCGAAGAAUGUCCCAAUGAGAGUCGCUGCAAUCAUGGGUCUUGGUCUAGCAUACGCUGGUUCAAACAAAGAGGAACUUCUUGAAGUUCUGUUGCCUAUUGUCGAAGAUGUAUCUCUGGACAUGCAACUCUCUGCAAUGGCAGCUGUUUCACUUGGUCUUAUCUUCGUCGGCUCCUCAAAUCAUCAAGUCAGCGAGGCGAUCGCCACCACCCUCAUGGAUGAGGAGCGCCAAAAGCAUCUCAAGGAUAAGUGGACUCGCUUCAUGGCUCUUGGUCUAGCGCUACUUUACUUCGGCCGCCAGGAGGAAGUCGACGUGAUCCUCGAUAUUCUCAAAGCGGUCGAUCACCCCAUGGCCAAACCCACCUCUGUCCUCGCUUCGGUAUGUGCUUGGGCGGGUACCGGCACUGUCCUGAAGCUACAGGAGCUUCUCCACAUUUGCAACGACGUUAUUGAGGAAAGUGACGAAAAGAAGGGCGAUGAGCUUGUUCAAUCCUAUGCUGUGUUGGGAUUGUCAUUGAUUGCCAUGGGUGAAGAUGUUGGGCAAGACAUGAUUCUCAGGCAGUUCGGCCACUUGAUGCACUACGGUGCCAGCAACAUCCGAAAGGCCGUUCCCCUUGCCAUGGGCCUGAUUAGCCCGAGCAACCCCCAGAUGAAGGUGUACGAUACGUUAUCCAGAUACAGUCACGACAACGACAAUGACGUUGCGAUCAAUGCCAUUUUUGCUAUGGGUCUCUGUGGUGCAGGUACAAAGAACUCGCGUCUGGCACAGCUUCUACGGCAAUUGGCCAGCUAUUAUCAUCGCGAUCAGAACACUUUGUUUAUGGUCCGCAUUGCUCAAGGUCUACUGCACAUGGGCAAGGGCACCAUGACGCUCAACCCAUUCCACACCGAUCGCCAGGUGCUAAGCCGAGUAUCGGCUGCUGGUUUGCUUACCGUGCUAGUAUCAUUGAUUGAUGCGAAGCAAUUCAUUCUCGCCGAACACCACUACCUCCUUUACUUCCUCAUAACUGCCAUGUACCCACGAUUCCUUGUCACACUUGACGAGGAGCUUCAACCCCUUCCCGUUAAUGUCCGUGUGGGUCAGGCUGUUGAUGUUGUUGGGCAGGCAGGUCGCCCCAAGACGAUCACUGGCUGGCAGACACAGAGCACACCAGUGCUACUUUCUUAUGGUGAGCGGGCAGAGCUAGAGGAUGAGCAGUACAUUCCUCUUAGCAGCACCCUAGAAGGGCUGGUUAUUCUGCGCAAGAAUCCUGACUGGGUAGAAGAAAGCUCCACCUAAGCAAAUGGCAGUAUUCUUCGGAUAGUAUUUAGUGAGAUAGAGACGGCGCAAUGUCAAGCGCCUCUAUACAGUUUAGGUCUAAUGUAUUCAGAAAAGCCUGAAAAUAUAGUAGACAAAUGAUCUCCUAAACAAAUAUGCUUCUACCAAUGUCUACGUUCUUGUAGGGUAGUCCGUGC